AUGAAAUCAUUAUUAAAGAAGAAUAUUAAACAAGACUAUACCAUUGAAUUUAAACACAUCAAGGGAUUAGACAUUGGGGAUAAUAUUGAAGUUGUUUUAAAAUGGAGAAGAGGAGAUAAAAAAGAAAAUAAAGGGACUAUAGAAAAAGCAUUAGUACAUAACGGAGAAAUUAUUUAUUCACCAGUCCAAGUUGUUCAUAUUCAUUGCACAUUAUUUUUAACUAAAAAUGGUUAUGACGAAAAAGGACUUGAGAUUUCUCUCCAUACAACUGGAAAGAAAACUAAAGAACUUUGUGAAGGAUUUAUUGACUUAGCUAAAUAUGCAGACCUUAAUGGUGCUUCAAAAGACCUUUCUAUUAAACUUAUUGGUAAAAGUCCAGCUAUUGUUGAAAUGUCUAUUUCUUCUCUUCUUGGUGAGGCUGGUGGUAGUUCAGAUGAGACAGAAGUAUUACAAAUGAAGGCAUCUGCAACUACAGAUAUCCAUGAACUUCUUGUUCAACAAGUUAGUAAAAAGCAAGAAGAAGAUGAAAAAGAAGAAGAGCUUGAAGAAAAACAACGUAAGCAAAAAGAAAUUGCUGAACGAGAAGAAGCAGAGCGUCAAAAAAGACUUCAAGAACAACAACAGCAAAUUAAAGAAGCUGAUGUGUUUGCUGCAGCAAGUUCUUCUGUUAAAAUUAAAGGAAAAAAAGAAAAAGAUACAAAAAAGAAAUUUACACAAGAGGAUGUAGAUAAGGCAUGUGAAAAAGCUGUUCGUGAAGCUUUAAAAAUGAAAAAAGAGAAAUAUCAUAAGAUUAGAGAUGAUUUGAAAAAUCAACUUAAAAACACAACUGAGUCUUUAACUCAACAAAAGGAAAUUGCUAUAAAAGAAAAAGAAAAUCAAAUAGAUGAAUUAAAUAAGAAAAUUUCUUCUUUAGAAGAAGAAGUUAAAGAGAAAGAGACAUUAAAAGUUUCUUUAGCUACUGCAGAAAAUAAUAAAAAACAGCUUUCUGAAGUAAUUGAAAAGAAUAAAAUUGAACGAGAAGAAGAAAAGAAACAGGUAGAACAACAAAUUGAAGAAUUAAAGAAAGAAAAGAAAGAAGAAGAAAAUAAAAAAGAAGAAUUAAAGAAACAAUUAAACGAAGAACAAAAAGAAAAGAGCAAUGUUAAAGUUGCAUUAGCAGCAUCUGAGGCUGUUGUAGUAGGAUUAAAGGCUGAGGUAGAAAAGAAAGAAAAUGAAAUGACAGAACAAAAGAAGAAAGAUGAAGAAGAAAAAGAAGAAUUAAAGAAAAGAAUAGAAGAAAUAGAAAAGAAUGCAGCUGCAGGUUCUGAACAAAUAUUGAAUCAGAAGAACGUAGAAAUCGAACAAAUUAAAAAUGAAAAAGUUUGUUUAUUUUUAUUAAUUUAUUGUGAGUGUAAUAUGUGA